GCCCUUUGCGGAUCGAGGAGCAAGGGAAUGGCUACUACAGUUACGGUGUCUAGCUUCAAGUUUCCAUCGUCUUCCGGUCGAUCCUACAAUACCCCAGAAAACAUUACCUCUGUAAUCGCCUCCGCCUAUGCUUCCACUUCGCUUGUCUCUUUGCCAAAAGUAAGCACCUCAGCUGCCUCCUUGAGAAGGCGCAGGAACUUACCAGGAGCGUCCUCGGAAGGUAUUCCUACUGAAUUAGCUGAAGACCCCAAAUUUGUUCCUUUAAAUGCUGAUGACCCUAUCUAUGGUCCACCAGCUUUACUGCUUAUGGGAUUUGAAGAAGAUGAAAUGGAAAAGAUUCAAAUGCUUCUAAAAGAGCUUGAUGGUGAAUUUUUGAAGGUUAUUUAUUGUACAGAGGAUAUGAUUAAGCAGACAGUUUGGGAUGCAAUGCACACUGAACAGAUCAAUUUAGUAGAUGUUAAGAUUGCGAAAUCUUUACCCAGAUUAUGCAUUUUGUCAGGACUAAGUGGUGAGGAGAUGAUAAUGUUUAUUGAUGCAUUUCCAGAAACUGGAUUGCAACCGGCGGUUUUUGCAGCCCUCGUUCCUAACAGCGCAGAUAAACUUCUUGGAGAUGUUAUCGACGAAAUUAUGGGGGAUCAUGAAAUGAUGUCAGGAAAACAAUCAAGUUAGUUCCUGCAACCAUCGCAAGCUUGUACGGCACAAAUUGAUGUCGAGGUUGAUGGAGCUAUAGAUGGAAGAGCUUCAGGGCAGAGCGGGACUUCAUCCUGAACUUUUGUAGUGAUCCAGUAGAUAGUAAAUACACUUCUGGAGCAAACUAAAGCUGUACACAUUCUCAUGCAUUCUGAUGCAUGAGGACUCAUGGCACUUAUGAUGUGCUUGUUAAAAUGUCAAUAAGGGUUGCCCUCACACAAAUUUGUGUGCACCAUCAUCACUAAGGCAAGUAUUGUAGAGUAAAACCUGGGCCUUUGAGCUUGCCAUGAUCUCAAUGUUGUUACAAUAGCUCGAUGGUUGUUAAUGCUAAACAGCUUGAGUUCAAGCUUGUGUUUGACUCCA